UGAUGUGCUGAAGUGGCAGAGGGGAGAGCAGCAUGAGGCUCCAGCUGGAGAAGCAACUCCUCUUCCUCUCCCUCCUCUGCAUGCUCUCCAAGGUGUGUGCCCAGCCGUGCCAGAGACCCUGCUACUGCCCCUGGGUGCCGCCCCGCUGUCCCCGCGGGUCCCCCCUGGUCCUGGACGGCUGCGGCUGCUGUCGGAUCUGCGCGCGGCGCCUGGGAGAGCCCUGCGACCUCCUGCACGUCUGCGACCGGAGCCAGGGGCUGGUCUGCGAGCCCAGUGCAGCCCCCGCGGGGACAGCGGCCACCUGCAACUUUGAAGAGAGUGAGGAGGGCUGCGAGGUGAAUGGGCGGCUCUACCGAGCUGGGGAGGUGUUCCAGCCCAGCUGCAAGCUCCAGUGCCGCUGCCUGGACGGCGGCUUCACCUGCGUCCCGCUGUGCCAGGAGGACAUCCGCCUGCCCACCCCCGACUGCCCCCACCCACGGCGCGUGGAGGUCCCGGGGAAGUGCUGCCCCGAGUGGAUCUGUGAAGCCCCAAACCAGCACCUCCUCUGGGAUGCUGGGUCAGCCCCCAGGGCAGCACCCCUGCCGCUGCCAUACCCCUGCCAGGAGUGGGCCACGGAGUGGAGCGCCUGCUCAGUCACCUGCGGCAUCGGCUUUGCCACCCGCGUCUCCAACCAGAACCGAUACUGCAGGCUGGAGCCUCAGCGGCGGCUCUGCAUGGCCGGGCCCUGCCCAGCACUGCCCCUGCCAGCCCCGAGAAGAGGAGGUCGUUUGUAGUCGUGCCCACCCCAGUCACAUCCCAGAGCCAACGUCUCGUCCCGGCAGAGUCUGGCACAAGCCCAUGGCACUGUGGCUUCGGUGGAGAUGGAAGAUGUGUCCUUUGGGAAACUGAGGAAGAACUGAUGGACUUUGGCUGCAAAGGAGGGUAGAAGUAGAGAACAAGAUCCCUACAUCUCCCAGCACCUGCCCCCUCUGUGCACCCUAUGCCCCAGGCAGGGUUACUGGGCAGCAUCCCCAUGUUUCUUAGGCUGAACGAAAUAGGAAAUGGGGAAACCCUGCCCCGAGCAUGAACCCACCUGAGAAAACAGGAAUUGGUCCUUUCUCUGAUCUUUUGGAGAGGUGCUGCUGCUCCUCCACCUCAUCACACCCCCAGCUCUGCGCUGUGAGAGUCCAUUGCCACCACCUGGAAGCCCAAAUCCCCGGAGACAACCCUCCUGCCCUGUGCCCCGGGGAAGCAGCAGCUACAUCAGGCUGCACACAACUCACCACCACACCAGUGUGGGCAGCCUGAGCGUGCCCGAGCUCAGCCACCCCACCGAACCCACCCAGCAGCCGCCUUCCUGGCCAUAGGCAGAGGCGUCUUCCUGAUGGCAGCUCCAAUUCAUCUUCCCCACAUCUCCGCAGAAGAAACGGGAACCUUCCUGCUCCGCCCGGCCUCCUCCUCCUCCUCCUCUCGCAGGCGCUGGCGGUUUGGCAGAGCUCCAGCGGGGCAGGAGCUGAGCCGGCGCCUGCCAUCCCAGCACACCCCCGGCGCCCCAGCCCCGGAGGAGGGCGGCAGAGAGGAGAACACAAAGGGCAACGAUGAGGCUUGGGCUGCUGGAGCUGCUCCAGCCGUGCAAGAAGCAGCUCAGCAGCUCUGCCCCGACUGUCUCGCACGGAUAGUCCUGCUGGGUGGCUGGAAAGUGAAACCCCAAUGCCCUCUAACGGCCUGGCACAAGUGUGCAGAGGGAACGCGCGAGCUGCAAAGGAGCACAGGCUUACCCGAUGUGUCCAGGGGAGAGAUGGACAGUUUAGAUGUGUGUUCCUGGAACUGAAAAGAAAGAUGUGUCCGUCUAGGAGAGGAGCUUGUCUGAGCCUGUCCACCGGGCUGAGCCCAGCCCCAGGGAGCCCUUGGAGCCCUUCUGCUCACAGCCAGCACAGAGCAGCUUGGAGACACCUCAAAUUCGGACUGCUUAGGGUAAGAGAAUAAAAAAGACUUAACAAACCAAGCGUGAAUCCAAGCACUGAAAACAUUAUUAUGAUGUCUUAUAUCCUGGACUGA